AAACAUCCAAGUUCACCCUAAAUAACAAUAACAAAACCCUAAAUCCCCGACCUUGGCUACAUUUGUUCGUCUCCGCUCCGCCUCCUCUACCGCUACCGCUACCACUACACUACGAGAGCUCUCACACCAGAACCAGAAAAUGCCUUUCAAGAGGUACGUCGAGAUCGGAAGGGUGGCUCUCGUCAACUACGAAGAGGACUACGGGAAGCUCGUCGUCAUCGUCGAUGUCCUUGACCAGAACAGGGCUCUGGUUGAUGCCCCUGAUAUGGUGAGGUCCCAAAUGAAUUUCAAGAGACUUUCUCUCACUGACAUCAAAAUCGACAUCAAGAGGGUCCCCAAGAAGAAGGAACUGGUUGCUGCCAUGGAGGCCGCUGAUAUGAAGAAGAAGUGGGAGAACAGUUCGUGGGGUAGAAAACUGAUUGUUCAGAAGAGAAGGGCGGCUCUUGAUGACUUUGAUCGGUUCAAGCUCAUGCUGGCUAAGAUUAAGAAAGUUGGGCUUGUCAGGAAUGAGCUUGCGAAACUGAAGAAGCAGAGUGCAGCUUAGGCAAUAUUUUUAGUUCACAAUUUUAUCUUGGAUUUUGUUUUCGAAACUGUAUCUGAUUAAUUUUAGAUUUUCAGAUAUUUUUUCCAUUUCUAAUAUCAUUGACACUAUGUUUUGAUAUAUAGAUCUUCAGUUUCUUGUGGCUUGUGCUUUAAUAUGGUGAUUCUGCACCUAUAAGUACCCGAACCAAAAGUUAGUAUCAGUUGUGACCCCAGCUAGAAUUGAGUUCAUCACAAAUGUAUUUAUUACUCGCUAAACAUGUGAGUUGAACUUGAGAAUUGCAGUAACUUUGAUUGGGAAAUGAAAUGAUAACUGCACAUCACUUUUGAUCUA